UUCCUCUGAGCAGCAGGUCCCUGGAAGCAGCCAGACUGUCACUGACUGCUGCUAGCACAUGUUCGCUCUCAGCUCGGCACUUUCUUCAGUAGCUGCCAAGAGAGGAGGAGGAGGAGGAAAAGUGAGGCUGGAAGAAACAGACUGAAACACAGAUAGAGAACAGAAAGAGAGAGAGAGAGAGAGACUUGGACCAACCUGUGACUGCUUGCCUCUGCCUGGCUGACUGUGUGUGUGUGUGAGACUGGAGGGAGACUACAAGUGAUGCCUCACACAGUCCCGAGCAGCACAUAGCCAGGACUUUGCUCAGCUUUCUUUGUCCCCCCUAUACACCCCCUCUUUCUGUUUCAAUGAUGAGAAGAGAUCGCAUCUUACUAGCUGUGACCCUCACGGCCGUCUUCUCCGCCGACCUCUAUUUCAUCCUCUUGCCGAAGCUGCGGAGCAAGGGCCUGACAUCGGGACACUCCUGCUCAUGUGGCGCCAACAAACUCACCCUCCCCCAACAGGGGGGUCUGGCCACGCCGCAGCUCUCCAACUGGACUUCUGCACCACUCCUGGACGGCACCACGUCUGAGCCUGCAUACGGAGGCUCAAAGCUGGUGAGGCUUUUCUCUCACCCUCUAUACAACAUCCAGACUCCGGCGCUGGGGCCAGAAGAGAGACUGCUGCAGGUGGAACAGCUGAUUGACUACUACAGGAGGAAGGUGUCGCACUGGGAAAGACACAUGAAGCUCUACAGUGAGGCAGCGGCUCUGGCUAACAUCACCGUGACUAAGCAUGAGGUGACCUACGACCCUGAUGCCAGCUGGCUGAAGUUCCACCUGGGAAUAAACCGCUAUGCUCUGUACUCCCGUGAUGACCCUACUGUCCUUCAACUUAUCAAGGACAUGCAGAGCAUGACAGUUAUCAGUGCAGAUUACACUCAAGAUGAGAAAGCCCUAAAAGGAGCGUGUGAUUGCACCCAAGUGGUGAAGCCCAGCGGACAUCACCUGAAACUGGCCCUGAAAAUGCGCAACCUAGCUAAAGCCAUGUUUAAACCAAUGAGGCAGCAGAGGGAUGAGGAGACUCCAGAAGACGUCUUCUAUUUCGUUGACCUGCAGAGACACAAUGCAGAGAUUGCUGCUUUUCAUCUGGACAGGAUCCUAGACUUCCGGAGAGUUCCUCCAGUGGUUGGCAGGCUGGUGAACAUCACAAGUGAAGUCCUAAAAGUAACCCAAAAUGAAGACCUACGAGCUGUGUUCUUCACCUCCCCUGCAAACAACACCUGUUUCUUUGCCAAGUGCCUGUAUAUGUGCAAGACAGAAUAUGCAGCGUGCGGGAGCCCCGACCUGCUGGAGGGCUCCCUGUCCGCCUACCUGCCGGGCCUCAGCAUUGCUCCCCGCAUCUCCAUCCCCAGCCCAUGGAUGCGUUCCUACACCUUCACCGGACGGGAGGAGUGGGAAGUGAAUCCUUUCUACUGCGACACAAUAAAGCAGCAGUACCCCUAUAACUCAGGAAACAGGCUCCUAAACAUCAUAGACAUGUCCAUCUUCGACUUUCUCAUAGGGAACAUGGACAGACACCACUAUGAGAUUUUUACCAAGUUUGGGGAUGAAGGCUUCCUUCUUCACUUGGACAAUGCCAGAGGGUUUGGGAAGCACGCUAAAGAUGAGCUGUCCAUCCUGUCUCCACUGUCCCAGUGCUGCAUGAUAAAGCAAUCCACACUGCUGAGGCUGCAGCUCCUGGCCCAAUCAGAGUUCAGGCUCAGCGAUGUGAUGAGGGAGUCCCUGCAGGAAGACUCUUUAAGGCCCAUCCUGACGGAGCCCCACCUGUUGGCCCUGGACCGCAGGUUGCAGAAGGUUCUCCGAGUGGUCCACCGGUGUGUCCGGAGGCUGGGCAAAGACGAAGUGAUCACUAAGGACUUUGUUAAAUCCACAGUGACUCCCAAGGCUGCCACAGACGGGACGAUGCAAAGGUAACAGAGGAUGCGCUCGGCUUCUGGCUGCUCGGGAAGAGACUCGUAAAAAUAAGACUCAAUAUAUUUUUAGGAAAAAGCCAUGAGUCUUCAUCACAGAAGGAAGGAAUCUCUGACACCUUCACAUGUUUAAAUAAAGACCCUGUUUUUCUUUUCUUUUUUUUUUAAUGAAAUAAAAUGAAGCUUUGUGAGUGGAAACUAACAGCAUCUGAUACGUAGAGCCACCAUUGGCGUUAGUAUUUAUGAGGCAGAGCUGCGAUGCACUGGAUCAGCUGUUUUUUUAAAUGAUUGUUGGUUUACACUGUGGCUGUGGAAAGAAAGCUCUGCGUGUCCGUGACAUAUAAUCAGAAAAUAAAGUCUUUAUGUGAUGACUCUGCGAGUUCUGAGGAGAAGUUAUCACCUUAGAGCGGCAGACUGUGUGUGUGCGCGCUCAGACAUAUGUUUGUGAGAAAAGUGCUACCUAUUAAACAGCCACUUAGUUUACUCCA